AUGUUCGUCUCAUCAACGACCCUCGCCGCUCUCACCCUCGUCGCCUCCCAUGUCGGCCCCGCCCUCGCGGCUCCAUACGGCGCACCGAGCCCCUACGGCUCACCAUUCGGAGAAGUAGCCGCGCAACGCGAAGGCGGGUACGGUCCAGAAGUUAUUAUCAAAGAGCCCGCUGCGGCUCCCGCACAACCUGAGGCGGAGCAGCCUGCUGCUGCUGGAGGUGAGGGCGCGGAGGGUGAGGGCGAGACGCCUACGGCUGAGUCCGAGCCUGCUGCUGAGUCGGGCGCGGAGGAGGAGGAGGCUGAGCCUGCUGCUGGCGAGUCCGCCGAGGGCGAGACUGAGGCAGCUGAACCCGCUGCUGGCGAGACUGAGCCUGCCGCCGGCGAAGGCGAGGCCGCGGGGGAAACGGCAACUGGCGAGACUGAGGCUGCUGGUGAGGGCGAGACCGAGGCAUCCGGCGAAGCUGGUGCUACUGGUGAGACUGAGCCGGCGGCUACGGAAUCUACCGGCGAAGCAGAGCCCGCUACCGAAGAGCCUUCUGCGUCAACUACUGAGGGCGAGGCUGGCGCGACUGGCGAAGGCGCAGAAACGACCGCUGAAGAGGGCGCGCCCGGCGAGGAAGGCGCAACUGCCGAGACGGGCGCGACUGGGGAGGAAGGCGCCGAGACCGCAACGACAGAAGGUGCCGCACCCACGGCGCGCGCUGCAGUGUCGAAUGCUAUCAACCAAGCCGCCAACUCUCCCGCCCGUCGUUCUCCCAAACAGUCGAUUCCUCUCCGCCGCGCUCUUGACCUCAUGAGCCGUGAUGAGUUGGUGGAGGUUAUCGCGCGCGCAUUGUCUGCGCGGGGCAUUGAUCACCUUGACUGA